GACUACACGUGAUUUCUCACCACCAAUAUUUUUGGGCUGUUCUCCACUUCCGCCUGUUCUUUAUUUCCCAUAACAUCCAUUACCACUUUACAUGUCUCUCUCGUUCAAAGGCCAUACGGUUGUUGUCACAGGUGCUGGAGGAGGCUUGGGAAAGGCAUAUUCCCUGCUUUUCGCAUCUCGUGGGGCCAAUGUUGUCGUAAACGACUUUAACGCUGAAGCUGCACAGAAGGUCGUGGAUGAGAUUAAGAAUGCUGGUGGAAGUGCUAUCUCAAACGCUUCCUCAGUAACGGACGGCGCCGCAGUUAUCAAAAGCGCAGUUGACGCUUUUGGCGGUGUCUCUGUCCUUAUCAAUAAUGCAGGUAUUCUGAGAGAUAGGGGUUUCAAGAACAUGACGGAUGCAGAAUGGGAUCAGGUCGUUUCAGUUCACCUCAAAGGCGCAUUCUCGUGCACAAAGGCGGCCUGGCCAUUAUUCCGCAAACAGAAGUUUGGCCGAGUUAUCAAUACGGCUAGUGCAGCAGGCAUCUACGGCAACUUUGGCCAGGCUAACUAUAGUGCCGCUAAGAUGGGUCUCAUCGCCUUCACGAAGUCCCUUGCUAGGGAAGGUUCUAAGUACGGUAUCAGCGCUGUUGCGAUCGCACCGGUGGCUGCUUCAGCGAUGACACAGACCAUUAUGCCCCCGGAGAUGCUAGCUAAUUUGAAACCGGAAUUUGUUGCUCCAUUCGUUGCUGCUGUUUGCCAUCCUGACGGACCUAACCCAUCGGGGCGAGUGUUCGAGGUUGGCGCAGGUUUCGUCGCGGAAAUUCGGUUUGAACGCAGCAAAGGCGCGAUCUGGAGGACUGACGACAGUUUUACACCUUCUGCUGUGAAAGAAAAAUGGCCAGAAGUCCAAGACUUUUCAGAAGCUAGAUAUCCUGAAUCAGUGGCAGAUGUUGACAACACAUUAGAGAUUUCUGCUACUCUUCCUUCGAACCCUCAAUCUUCACCUCCUGUCCGCUUCGAUGGAAAGACCGCCAUUAUUACAGGAGCAGGUGCUGGCCUUGGACGAGCUUAUGCUCUGAUGUACGGGCGACUUGGCGCUAAUGUUGUUGUGAACGACGUCAGCGAGAAAGGUGCGAAGUCAGUUUGUGCUGAGGUUGAGGCUUUGGGAGGGAAAGCUGCCGUUGCCGUGUGCUCUGCAGAGGAUGGCGAAGGUAUCGUGAAAACAGCGUUGGCCGCGUUCGGCGGGGUACACAUCCUCAUAGCAAACGCUGGAGUGUUGAGAGACAAGUCUUUCACAGCGAUGACGGAGCAAGAAUGGGACCUUGUAAUGGCAGUGCAUUUACGUGGGACGUACAAGUGUGCUAAGGCCGUCUGGCCAAUUUUCCAGAAGCAAAAGUAUGGCCGUAUUGUUACAACAUGCUCCCAAGUUGGGAUAUAUGGAAAUUUCGGCCAAACUAACUACUCCUCUGCAAAAGCGGGCAUCAUGGGCCUUACAAAGACGCUUGGACACGAGGGGCGUAAAUACAAUAUCCUUGCAAACGUUAUCGCUCCUGCCGCGGGGACGGCGAUGACAAUGACUGUUUGGCCUCAAGAAUGGAUCGACGCCUUCAAACCGGACUAUAUUGCUCCUAUCGUUGGAUAUCUCACAAGCGAAGCAAACACAGAAACCACUGCGUGUCUGUUCGAAAUCCGAGGUGGAUGGGCUGCCCAGACACGUUGGCAGCGCGCUGGCGGAUAUGGGUUCCCUUCGAACAAGAAUUUGACGCCCGAGGAUGUUAUAGCGAAAUGGGAUGCCUUCACCAACUUUGACGAUGGACGUGCGACACAUCCCACGACAUCUGCAGAGGGAAUGGAACAGAUUAUGGCAAACUUCGAAAACAAAGCAUCUGUAGUGGAGACUGCUGUCGAUGCUGUCAAGGAAGCAGACUCUUUCGCAUUCGCCAUGUCAAAGCUUCCCGCCGUUUUCAGAGACCAAGAAGACUCGCAGAUCGUUGCUAAAGCCAAAGAAAAGCAGGUAGACGAUCAAGGUUUCAGUUACACCGAGCGCGACGUUAUACUUUACAACCUUGGCAUCGGGGCCACCGAGCAGGACUUACAAUGGACGUACGAGGGUCAUGAUGAUUUCUCGGCGCUGCCCACAUACGGUGUGGUUCCACAGUUCCUAGCCAGUGCAGGCGUUCCCUUGGGUUGGUUGCCGGACUACAACCCUGCCAAGUUGUUGCAUGGGGAGCAAUAUCUAUCUAUAAAGGCGCCAAUCCCACCUAGCGCUGAUUUGGUCAAUGAAACGAGAAUAAUGGAAGUACUUGACAAGGGCAAAGCAGCUUCUGUUACUAUUAUAGUUCACACCAAGGACAAGGAGACCGGUAAACUUAUCUUCGAGAACCAAGUUACCAUAUUCAUCCGUGGGUCUGGCGGGUUUGGUGGUAAACGAACUGGGACUGAUCGGGGGCCAGCAACUGCUGCCAAUACACCUCCCAAGCGGCAACCGGACGCUGUGGUCGAAGAGGCAACAUCUCCUUCACAAGCAGCCCUAUAUCGUUUAAGUGGGGAUUACAAUCCGCUACAUAUUUUCCCAGAUUUUGCUGCCAUGGGAGGUUUUGACAAGCCUAUUCUCCAUGGUCUGUGUUCCAUGGGUUUUGCAGGAAAGCACGUCUUACAGACGUACGGUCCGUAUACGGACAUCAAAGUCCGCUUCACGGGCGUAGUUUAUCCUGGGGAAACGCUUGUCACAGAAAUGUGGAAGGAGGGUAAUAAGGUCAUAUUCACGACCAAAACCAAAGAGCGUGGAUCAGCUGCUCUUGCUGCGGCAGCUGUAACACUAGUCGAUAGCGAUGUUAAGGCAAAGCUGUGAAUUUGUUGGUCCUGAACCUGACUCCACAGUUCCACUACCAUCAUGAUUCACUUCAGAUAGUAGACCUGUGUACGCUUGCGUUUAAUAUUCAGCCAUCUAUCUAAAUCACAUCAUUGCCUAUGCAGAGUUUCACGUGCAUCUUUGAAUUGCGAAAUCUACCCUUUCUAGUGGGGAUGCAAUAGUGUUUAACCAACGAGUUUAUGUAGUACUAUUAUUAGCCUAAAUGGAUGAAGUUGAGUGGUAUUUGUGCUCACUCUCCACGAAGGUCCACAGUGUGACCCUCGAUCGGGAGGAAGGAAACGCUAAAUGCCCCAAAUUUGGACGAUAUAAAAAUUAAACUGUCAAAGGAAAUCAUAGGAUACAGUAGCCACGUCCAUGGGCGGUAAAUGUGGGUAUAUACGAUGACGAUAACUGCGCAGUAGCUAAAUUAUGAUCAUAUUUGGCUAAAAAGGAUUGGUAAGGUCGAAGUCGUGUAAGAUUUAUCAAUGGCGGGAAAAUAGCUGUUCAUUUACUUUACGU